GGGCACUGCCCGGCUCCCCACAUCAAAACUUCUCACUCUUCACCAUCCAGUCAUCGAAUCGCAGUGAAGCAGUCCUCCAGCGGCAGUUACAGCAGACCUUAAAGGAGCGGGCGCUGCUGAACGCACACGUGACACAAGUGACAGAGUCAUUGAAACAAGUCCAGCUGGAGAGAGACGAAUAUGCUCAACAUAUAAAAGGAGAGAGGGCCCGGUGGCAGGAGAGGAUGCGGAAAAUGUCGGUGGAGGCUCACACAUUGAAGGAGGAGAAGAAGCGUGACAUACAUCGGAUACAGGAGCUGGAGAGGACUUUGUCCGAAAUCAAACCCCAGAUGGGUAAGAUGGGGCUGGUGUGACCUGGCAGCAGGACUGGCAUCAGAGGGCUGUGGGGUGGCUUAGGAUGCCCCAGGGAGGUGGGUGAAUGGAAGGGCUUUGAGGCAGAGG